CGGUGUCACAUAAUCACAUUCAUCGUUAUGGACGCGCAUCCUACAGACCAUCCUCUUCAACCACACCAAGUCGGCCUUCUAGUCAUAUUCAUCUUAACAUUUAAAGAUUUACCUGCUAAGAAUUUCGAUUCCGAAUUUCUGCUGUAUCUUCUACGCAUGCUUCUCGAUGAAGUUUCAGAGCUCACCCAACCUAAAUCUUUUCGAGAACUUCGAGACGUACUAUCGGCUGCACCGAAAAGUGACGAGGGAGAUGCUAGAGCUCUGAUAUCAACUUUGAAGGCAUUCAAACUGGAAACCACUGACCAAAUGAUUAACUUCUUCUCUGGGCUUCCGAUGCUUUUUCAGGAAAAGGAUGAGGGAACUGAAGGACCCGAGUCAAUACUCGGCAGGAGGUCGAUAUUCGGAUUUUAUUGUCGACGUUGUUAUAUCAGUUUUGGCAAACUAUCAUUUUCUGGUGUAACGCAGUUUCACAAAGAGCUUCUACUCUGGAUAGACGGGAAGCCAAAUAAAGCAUACAAGUCAACCCAUAAAGACGAGUUAAAUAGUACCGAUUCGCAAAUAUUCCAAACACAAGGGGACCGCCAAAAUUGGGCUCAGCCGGAGGCUUAUGCGUCAUGGAUCAAAGGACAGACCAUUGGCGAUGAAACUCUAGCUAAAGAAAGUCUGCGUUCUUUCUUUGAACAACGUUUUCAUGAAGGCAACGACUCAGGCGUUCGUCAACUUGGUUUGCUGAAUCUGGUCAGAUACCAUUAUAUUCAUGAGGAAUACUCCGCUGGAAGGAAGCUUUUAUCCGAAGCAAUCAAUGUGUCUAGAAAUAGUGGGGAUAAAAUAACUUUGCAGCAAUGUAUUAGCCUUCUUCGCCGCUUUCCCUCCGUGAACGAAAGACCGCCAAUUAACGAAGUGCAGCCCAAUCUCAAUCCACUCGAUAUCUUGUACGAUGUUAAGAAGUUAAUGGACGAGACAAAUGAACAACCGUUAAGUGCCUCUUUUCUCAAAAUCGCAGAGUCUUUGGGCGUGUUCGACCUCUGGUGUGACACAAACAUGAAUACAACGAAGGAGUCGGAUCAAUGGGCCCAACAUACAGUGCAGGCUAUCGUGUGGAAUGCUGCCGGUUGUGAAAAUAUAGGAGAUAUUGAGGCGGACGUUGCCGUCGCAUUCACCUCUGCGGGUAGUUCUGAUAAUAACCGCUUGACUGCUCUUUUAAAUACUGCUUAUCGCCGCGCACGGCAGGGAAAUUACGACAAUGCUCUCGCGAUACUUCUGAAUCCGGUAGUGUGGAAAGGACUUACUCUCCCAGAUUACAAGAUAUGGGCUCAAGAAGUUUGGCAAGUUUUAGCAUUGCGUGCUUCAAGGCGAGGUCAAGACCGGUUAUACCGCGACUUUCUACUUCCACGCCAGCCCCCUGGAGAGCGUAACAUGCGACAUUAUGUUUAUAUACCGCGAUCUCGAUCAGUUCCUAUAGGCAAGAUUUCUAACCCCUUACAUGAACUUUUGCGGUUACGGGAAUGUGAAGCUUCCGCAAUCAUGACAGAGCAAUUACUAAAAUCCAUAUGGCAUUCCGAAUUCCUAUUUCGAAUACACCACUAUCGAAUAGCAGUCAUCCUUCUAGCAGAUGCGGGCCUUCAAUUGGGGCUCUCGCAAAGUAGCCAGAAGAUGAUUGAGGAUAUUAUGCCUCAGAUCGUUACUGGAAAUGAUAUCGAAAUACGCGCGUUUGCAGCAUUCACCGUUGCUCGAUGCAUCAUUGCUGCCGGUCACUCUGUUUCUGGUCUACAACAUGCUGCAUGGUGGCUUGUCAUUGCCGAGAAGGAUUAUAUGGCUCUCCAACUAUACCGUUCCGUGUUAGAUGUUCAGUAUUUGCUUGCGGUUGUAUACAAUAGCAUGGGCGCGGAACAGGAGAGAGAUGCUUCCGCGCAGCGCUUCAAAACAACACAGCAACUUGUGGAAAAUCUGGAGGCGUCCGUCGCCGAUGCAGAGACUGGGGCAAUCCUGGACAUGGUUUCUCGUGUCGGAAUUCUGGAGUUCGAAGGCUCCAACAAGCUUGAGGCGUAGUAAAUAAACACUUAGCGCUAUUGCUGUACUUUCGAAAGUCACGAUUCAUUUCAUUGCGCUCAUUCUGAGCACGUGCGCAGCUCC